AUGACCCUCAACACCCAGAGAGAAAAGGAGCCCCUGCGGCGGCGAGGCAGUACGCCGAUUCCUCCCACUCACUUUUACCACAGCACCCAUCAAGACCCAGAGCAGCCCCGUCCCCAGCGAAGCCACCCUGCUCUUGGACAGUCAGCCUCCUACCACCCUGGAGACAAGUCCCUCCACUACCGCGCCCACUGGAGUUCAGACUCGGAUGACGACUCGCAGAGCGACUCGGACUGUGUUUACAGAGUUGUGUUGCUAGGCGACCAUGGUGUCGGAAAGACCAGCCUCGCAGGCAUCUUUGCUGGGAUCACGGAAAAAGAUGAGCAACCUGGAGAGGACACAUACGAGCGAACACUGACAGUAGAUGGAGAGGAAACCACUCUCAUUGUCAUGGACACAUGGGAGAAUGACAAACUGGCGGACAGCUCCUCUCAGGACGAGUGUCUGAAAGUGGGGAGUGCUUAUGUCAUCGUCUACUCUGUCACCGACCGCUCCACCUUCGACUCCGCCGCUGAGCUGCGCAUCACACUGCGACGCACCCGUCAGGCCGAAAACCUUCCCAUCAUCCUUGUGGGCAACAAGAGCGACCUGGUGCGGUCCAGAGAAGUUGCUGUGGAAGAGGGCCGAGCGUGUGCGGUGGUAUUUGACUGUAAGUUUAUAGAGACGUCCGCGUCUCUGCAGCACAACGUGACCGAGCUGUUUGAGGGCGUGGUCCGACAGAUCCGUCUUCGUCGGGACGGCAGUGAAGCCAUUCAGCGCCGACGCUCCAUCUACAAACGCAAAGAGAGCCUUACCCAGAAGGCUCGGCGGUUCUUGGACCGAUUGGUGGCGCGCAAAAACCAGCGCAUGGCGGUCAAAGUGCGGUCCAAGAGCUGCCACGAUCUUGCUGUCCUCUGA